UUGACAGCUGAUUUUGACGUAACCACAAUCUUCACAAGUGAAAUUCAUUGUUCGCAAAAAAGAAAUUUGUGAUCUCGGCCAGACACUUGCCCAUUUUGUGUUUGUUUUGUUUCUAGCCCAAUACCUGCUCAUCAGUACUCCUAGUCGCCCCAAAGUGCAGCACAUCGUAUUGGCUUUAUCGCUUCCCUGCUAAGUGCACCGAAUUUGCUACUUUUACCCGUAGGCAUGUCGCACCAAACUGGCAUCAAGGCAAACGCCGAGCUGUUGAAGUUUUUUGGCAAAAGCAAGGAUGGAAAGACGAGAGUGCUGAAAGUUUCUAUCGAGAAUGAGGAACUUCGACUGGUAAGCCACAGUGAUGUGAAACGAGACUGGGAAAAGGACUACGAUACGUUGGUAAGACCGCUGAUAGAAGAGAGCACGCCUUGCUACAUCCUCUAUAGAUUGGACUACAAAAUUCCCACCGGAUACGCAUGGCUGCUAAUGAGCUGGGUGCCGGAAUCGGCAACAGUGCGGCAGAAGAUGCUGUACGCUUCGACCAAAGCGACGCUGAAGCUCGAGUUCGGUUCGGGCCACAUCAAGGAAGAGCUUAACGCAACGACCAAGGAAGAAACGACGCUGCAGGGUUAUCACAAGCAUCGCGUUGACUUCAGUACGCCGGCCCCGCUGACCAGCCGCGAGGAAGAGCUGGCUGAACUGCGCAAAACAGAAGUGAAAACAGAUUUCGGUAUAGACACCAAGCAACAAACGCUCGGCGGCAUUAACUGUCCCAUAUCGGAUUCGGUCGCACAAGCGCUCCACGAUAUACGCCGUGGCGGUUACAACUAUCUCCAGUUUCGUAUUGAUCUCGAGGAGGAAAAGAUACACCUUGUCAAGGCGGACAAUAUCGAGCUGACUGGGCUGCCGAUGCAAAUCCCAACCGAUCACGCUCGCUACCAUCUGUACAUUUUCAAGCACCAUCACGAGGGUACCUAUCUGGAGAGCGUUGUGUUCGUGUACUCGAUGCCCGGGUACAGCUGCUCCAUUCGCGAGCGGAUGAUGUACUCAAGCUGCAAGGGACCAUUUUCGGCUACGAUCGAAAAGCACGGCAUACAGGUGGCAAAGAAGCUGGAGAUUGACAACGGUGCAGAGCUGACCGAAGAGUUUCUCCACGAGGAGCUUCAUCCGCGCAAGCUGAACCUUCGGCCGCAGUUUUCGAAACCGAAGGGCCCACCUAGCCGCGGAGCUAAAAGACUGACGAAACCACAGGCUGUCGAGUAAGAAGUGUUGACGAGGCUAAUAAUCGAACAUUAGCAUUAACAGGGGUCACUAUGAAGGCGCUAUACUACUACGUUGCUAGCUAGAACACCUGCCCGACGCACCCACCUUUCAUCGCAUUUUGCAUCGCAUUGUGUGGCAAUACGCUAUUAUGUAUUUUUUGUCUGUUUGUGUAGACAACAUAACUUAUUGAACCCAUUUUACGUCGCUCCGGAAGCAGAAAUACAGACACAACAAGUAGAACAAAACCCCAUUCGCAACACAUUAGACACUUGCAGCAAUGCACACGCAGUCAGAACCCGUGUACAGUAUCAAAAGUAUUAUAAAGUUCAUCAACAUUAGAGAGCAUCAAAAUAGCAUCUUUGGGGAGAAGGGAGCAUAAUGCCAAAAACGAAAAAAAAACAUUUCUCGAAAUCGAAAACAGAUAAUAGGGAUCGUGCGUUUGCCUCACCAGGCAAUCCCAAUGGGUACGACAAAUGCGGGCUUGUGUCGUUAAAUGUACGGCCAACGAGAUUACAGGACAUCAUUUACAAUUAAAGGUUAACGUUGCCUGUUUUAGUUCGUGCUCCAUGAGCCAUCGCUUCACAGUGUCACUGCAUGUGCGCAUAAGUAUUUAAAGUGAAAUUGUAAUGUAGAAUAGCUACACUUUAUCGGAGUUGUAAGAUGUGCUUUACCUUACCUAACUAUGUUAUCGCUUUCUUACGCAAGCUCAAACUAUCCAAUCAAAACUUCCAAUAACACGAUCGAACUGAAUAAAAUAUUAUAUUUUUCAAAAAAUAGAAA